AUGUCUGACAAACCCGAUAUGGCCGAGAUUGAGAAAUUCGGUAAGUCGAAAUUAAAAAACAAAAACGAAAGAGAAAAAAAACCACUGCCUUCAAAAGAAACGACUGAAUAG